CUGAGGGAGCGGCGCAUCAGCGGGUUUGCCCUUGCUAUAGAGCGAGACCACCUUCGCGGGCCGCCGCCUCGUCCACGGCGGAGGGGAGCCGGGGACAGGCUGGGCGUCAGGGGGGAGGAGAUGUCCCUCCCCCGCUCCGCCGGGAGGUGAUCUCUCUCGCCUCGGGUCCCUCCUCUGGAUGCUGGGAAGUUCCGAAGCGGGAGCGCCAGAAACGCACGGGCUGCGUCGGAAGCGCCUCUCGCGGGGCUCGCCGCUAACCACGCUGUCUCCGCUCGCAGGCGGCGUCCGGGCCGGGGGCCGGGGCCAUGCACCCGGCGCGGCGUUGAGCACCGCGGCGGCGGCGAAGCGGAGCCCUUUCCCUGCAGGCAGCCCCCGACCUGCGUGCGAGCGGGGCCGCGCCCGCCGCCGCCGCACCCCAUGACCCUGCGCUCCGCCGAGUCCCUGGAGAGCACGGAGGGCUCCCGGGCGCGCUGGGGACACCCCGGGACGGCGGCGCCUUUUGCCGAGGAGUUCUGUGAGGCGGCGCAGUUGGCCGCCGCUAUGGAGGAGCUGCGGCGGGCAGGAUGGUACUGGGGCAACAUGACUGUUGCUGAAGCCAAAGAGAGAUUACAGGAUGCUCCCGAAGGGACCUUCUUGGUUAGGGAUAGUUCACAUUCAGAGUAUCUAUUGACUAUUUCGGUAAAAACGUCAGCGGGACCGACCAAUCUACGUAUAGAAUAUCAAGAUGGCAAGUUUAGGCUGGACUCUAUCACAUGUGUCAGAUCCAGACUUAAGCAGUUCAACAGUGUUGUUCAUUUGAUUGAGUACUAUGUUCUUAUGUGCAAGAACAGAACAGAGACACCUUCAAAUGGAACAGUCCACCUUUACUUGAACAAACCUCUCUAUACGUCCACUCCAUCUCUGCAACAUCGCUGCAGAAUAACUAUAAACAAAUGUACAAAUCAGAUCUGGGAGCUGCCAUUGCCAACAAGACUAAAAGAGUACUUGAAAGAGUACCAAUACCAGGUAUAAAUAUAUUUUAUAAAUGCCUGUAAUGUAGAGUAACUUUUAAAUGCAAUUCUUAAAAUCAGCCAAAGAACUGAGUAACCAGUUGAACAACUCAGCAUGGAAUUUACUAUCAAAACAGUGGCAGUUCUGGGGGAAAGGUUUUUAUUUCAGAUGCCACAAAGGGAGACUUUAUGUAGAAUAAUCUCAGCUUGCAUCCUUGGGGUUCAACAAGGUGGCAUGCUAUUCUUGCGAGGAGAGAGAAGCCAGGAAUCUGUCCAGAUCAUGUUGCUUUGUCAAUGGCAUAACAUACUGCACUAAUUAUCAAAUGCUAACCGAAGUAGUGGGACUGGGAGAGACUGCAGAAGUGGUCAAAGACGUAUGAGAGUGCAUAAGUAUCUCAGUUAUCUGAUUCCAUGAUUAAUUUGGUGCUGGUGUUCGUAUAAUCCUGAAAGCUUAACUGGAUCACACUGCGGUAAUCUUGCCAAAGUUAUGCAACUAAUCAAAUCCAGUCAAAAAAUUGAUCUUGUAUUCAGUUUUUAAUGAACUAUAAUUCUCAUGCUUUUCUGCAAGCAAAGGAGCACUGCAAAUAAGCACUUCAAAACAUUGUUUUUCAAAGUUCUCUAAAAGCUGACCUUAAGGAGAAAUGCCACAUCUUUCAUAGGAACCCAGUAUGUUGUGGAUUAUACCAGAUUGGUAUCCCAGAAUUUUCAACGUGGUUAACAUCUUCCCAGUGGUGAUAUAUCCAUCUUAUUACUAGUAAGCCUUUUUUGCUUGAGGCUUUAGGACUGUAUGCUGCAGACUUGCAGUUACUCAGUUCCAAUGUCAAAACAUGGAUAUCAGCAGUUACAGCUGUCUUCUACAGUGUAGAAUGUUUUCUUCAGCUCGUUUCCCAAAAUGUGGGGAAGUAUGUUUGGGGUUUUUUAGGGGGUUGGGCUUUUUUUUUUUUUUCCUAACGCACCAUUGUAGUUAUCAGACUACUACUCAAUAAAGUAAAUCAAAUUGCACAACAAUCUCCCAAUCUUUGUAUGUAUGGAUUUGCUACUAUUCAGUAAACAGUGAUCUUAGGAACCUGUAUAAUUUCCCAGGUAAUACUCAGAUAAAUGCACAUGUAUCGGUGAGGAGGAAUAUCCCUUCUUUGCCUUUAUGAUGCUGCUCAAAGGAAUAGCUGGAUUAGGUUGAGGUCAGUGGCUUAGAGGCUGCCUUUUGAAUUCCCGUCGUUAGGUAUUAGCAUAGAACAUUGCCUUUUCUGUUACAGCAGUCCUCCAAAUUGGAAGAAGGGUCUAAAACCCUCAGUACCUGUUCCUUAGUCUAAUUGUAAAGUGUUUAAGAGAAGAAAUACCCCAGAUGAGAGUAAUAGGGGAGCAGUAAAGAGAGAAACAAGGGCAUCAAUUCAUUCUCAGUCAACUUUAACUCUUUCUCUAGCUUACUUUUUAAUUAAAGCAGAUAGACCUGUGUUUGAGCAAGGAGGAUUGUCAAGACUUGCUGUAAUGUAGCCCUGCCCAGGCCGAAAUAGAAACAACAUAAAAUAAUUGUCUUGUUUUCUUCAAGCCUUAGCCGUUCUGUAGUACUGUCACUAUGCUCUGUCCCUUCUCAUAAACUCUGGAGCACCAACCAGCUUAUUUUGUUGCGUCUAAACUCCCAGCGUUACAUGCUUAGCUUUGUCAUUAGCAUGCUGGCAGAAAUGAGUAGGACAGUCAUUAAGAUAAGGAAGACACUGACAACCUGAGGCAGAAGGGAUGGUCCCUUGGUAGGGCAAAUACUUGGUAUGUUGUUCUCCCUAUGGAAAAGGUGGGUUUUCUCCGUCCAUGUCUUCAAUUCUCUCUCCCCAUUUUUGAUGUAAGAUUUUGUAUAGAAAUGGGGGGAGUUUUCUCCUGAAAAACAGAACAAAAGCUUUUGUUAUGUAAAAUUUUUCCCCAUGCCCUGCCAAAGUGUAGCAGAUUGUUGGAAGUUUUUCACAUAGCACAAUGACCACCCUCUGGUUGCCAUCUCAGAAGAGCUCUUGUAUUCCAGGUGUGCAUCAUAGUUUUUCUGUGCUUGUCACAGUAAAUCACAGUUUUUCUGUGCUUGUCAUCUAUCUUGCUAGGAUCUGCCCUCCUGAAGCUGAGGAGCUUUUCCUGUGAGCAGUGCCUGUGAAAGAACCGUAUUCCUGGCAACACUUUCAUUCUGAUGAAUCUGUUCUCUUGCAGUCCCUGUCUAGCUCUACCUUGAGAUGAGAUAGCUGCAGUAGAGAGUAACUUCUGUCAUAGUAGGAAAUGCUCUGAUCUGCUACAUUAACUUUCUGCUAGGGGCAUUUUUAGCCAAGGUGAUGCUUAGCUGCUUGGGGCCUCAGUGGCGAACACAUUAUACUAAGGUCCUUUAAAAUGAGUUCACUCCAGUCUAGCCCCUGGCAUGGGGAUUUAAAAUCAUGAACACCAGUGCUGGAACCAGCAGACUGAGAAGAUAAGAGCUGUGAGGGUGCAGUGAGGCAGUUGUGUUGUACAUACAAGAAAUGAUUUACGGCUCGUUGCUGGCAGCCUACUGUAAGCAGUGGCAGGCCAGGUGUUCCCCACAGCAGAGCCAAGCUCUGAGGAAUGACGUGGGGCAGAUGCAGGGCAGCUCGCUGGGCUUUUUGUCGGCAGCUCUCCAAAGCACAAGGGCGAACGGCAGGCUGAGGACAAGGAGUGCUAGUAAAGUGAAAGGUGGCAAUUCUUGUUAACAAUCCAGAGUAGUUAUUGUGAUGUGGAAUCAAAUCGCCAAACGCUGAGCAUACGGACUUAGACUUUGUAUUGUUUGUGUUGGUUACUGUGAGGAAAAAUAGGGGCUGUAGCCAGGGCGUGUUCGAAGCAGUGAACAAUAUUUUGAACAGACUGGAGGGGGAACUAGUCCUCUUUGUAUGAAAGCACAGUUCUUGUCCUCAUUAGGAUGCCAGCCCUAGGGUUGAUGCAUUGCACUAGUAAAACUAAACCACGCUAUAGCUUGCUGAAAGCUCGGCUUCAUUCUAGCGCAGCACAGAGGAAUGGCUUGUUCUGGUACAAAAAAAUCCAGGGGUAGCACGUGAUUAGAUUACAGUGGUGCAAAAAUCUUGCAUGUAGACCUUAUGAAUUUCCAGGCACUAUCUAUGUUGUCCAAACAUUUUAAAAAGAGUUCCAGUGCUUUUUGGGGUUUUCGGUUUGGUUUUUCCUUUUUUUUUCACUUUAUGGAUAUGGCUUGUUUGCAGCAGUAGCUUUUAAAUUGUUGCCCCUUUGGAUUCCAAAAAUUACUUCUACCUGAUAUAUGUCAUCUUGAACUGCUAGUACAGAGUGUUCAGUGAAGCCAGUUUCACAGGUUCAAUGCCCGUGAGUCAACCCAAAAUCAUGAUAAGGACUUUAAUCCUAAGCCCUUUUUUUUUUUUUUUUUACCCCAUGUGUUGGUUUGUUUUUUUCAUUUUUGAGUCUUGAGGUUUCAGAUUUUCCAGUUUAUUCCUGGAAUGUUAGUUGCUGAAUAACGAAAGGACAACUGAGAGCCCCACGAUCCUAAAAGGUGAUGCUUGAAAAAAAUAAUACAAAAACAACUGUGAGAUGAAUGAUGAAAAUGGAAUUAGUGACUGUGUUUAAUUCAGCACUAAAGCUAGCAGAAGCGUGAACUAUGGCUCCAUUUUAGUUGUAUGGGUAUUUCCCUGCUGCCUUUUCUGUCACCAGAGACAGAAAAGGGUUCAAGUGCAAGAUAGGUGGGUAGACUGGGAAUGUAACCAAGCAGCUGCGCCCAGUGCAUUAGAAGCAAUUUUGGUUUAAUCUGAUCUCAUCAGUAUUUUCCUAAUUGUGUUUUAUGUAACCACAUUCUAGAUCAACAAUAUGUAACUAUUAGCAAGAAGGAAACUGUUCACUAGAAUAUGGGGACAGAAUCUUAAAACAAUACAAAUAUAAUUUGUAUUAUGUACAUUCUGAAUGUACUCCUCACUGAAAACUGUGGAGCUUUCGAGUCUGAGACUCUUAAGCAAACAGUCUACAUACGAUAGGAAGGACAGGGCUCUGUAGCUGCAUGAAUUUCUGUACCGUGUCCUAGCAAAGUGUUCCUGCAGGUAAACUACCUUGUUGAUGAUCGUAGGAAAACUUCAUUUACUUACAUGUUCUAUCAAGAGCUUCUUCUUGUAUUCCUGAUAAAAUUCCUAUGGAUUUUUCCUUUGUCUAUAAGCUUAAGAUCUAGCGGAAAGUAAGUUGAGUGGUGUCAGGGCUUGUUCUUCUUAAGCCAAAACACAUGAUGGAAAUGUGAAAAGAUACCUUUAGACGUGGGUGUCAUGUCUAAUAGUAAUUUAAAAUAGAGUAAAAUAAAAUUUCUGCUGACUUUGCUGUCAUUAAAAAAAAUCUAAGUAUCAUAUUGACUGCUAGAGGAAAUGAUGGCUCGAGGGAUUCUAGAAGUUGUAUUACUGAUUCUCAACAAGAAACUGUUCUCUUGAGAGAAGAUUUAAAAAAAAAAACAAAACCAAAAAAACCCACAACCAAAACAUCUAUAGAAACAAAGGAAAUUUUUAGUACAUAAACCCUAAAAUUUCCAAAUAGAAUAACUAGAAAUUACUUGGAAGGUCUGAGCUGGUUGGUGCUGUAUACACAAAGGAAGUGGGGAUGACAAGCUACUUUGGUAUCUCAGCCUAGCUCCUGAAAACCACUUCUUUAUUAGUGUUCACUUCAGCAGGUCUCAGUAUUUUGCUAAGCCCUUACCAUGACUGAAAAUGCCUGGAAAUAACAUUCCACCGGCACAUAACUUCAGCCACCAAGGUCUGAGCUCACUUUACAACAACAUGGUGGUUUGCCACAGCAUUGCCGAGAGUGGGUAAUUUCUACAAGGGGCUGAAGAUCAGUGACAGAAACCGGGAGGCAGAGCUGGUGCUGCCAGGGCUGCGAAGGCAUCGGUGCUGGCCAUUGCUGGUCCUCACCUCCUGUCUUAGACAGAGGGUACGCUACAAGCUAGCUAAAACACAGCUGUCAGGAAACCAGAUACGAAGUUAUUCUGCUUGCUGAGGAGGGAAUUACCUAUCUGGCUUUUGGUGUCUGAGAAGGGACUGAAGGGAAAGGCCAGCAGCUCCUGUGAGAGGUGGCACUUCUCACAUGGUGUGUCAAAUAACUAACCAUCAGGACUAGUACGAUGCUGAAAGGUGUAUUAGUAGAGCUAAGGUAAUACCUUUAGGUCCAGGAGAGUAGCUAGUAUCAGCACAGUUUAAACCACAUAUAAACAAAGUCUGAUUAGAUAACUGAAUUUCACGAAGAAAAAAAAUAAAUGUCUAGCAAAAUCAGUCUGUCCUAGUCCCAGGGUUGCCAAGGGGAGGAGGGAUGAACUGCGUUUAUUGAUCAGGUUAUCUACAGGGCUUUGAAGUAGCCAUUGCCUCUGAGAAAAUCCAGGGAAAUGUAAAAACAUAGCACCAUAAUUAUGGUGUUUAGUCUGCCUGACAAAUUGUGGAUUUUAUUCAACUUCAGUCCUUUCUUAAAAAAGGAUUGCACCUGUGUUUUGGUUUGUUUUCUUCCAGAGUUGGAGCCAUUAAUUCUCCAGGAAUCGAAAUACCAAAAUAAUACCAUCACUUUCUAUGGUACGAAGGAGGAAUCAAAUGGAGGAGCAAAAGCUGUUUACACUAGCAUAAGGAACAAGCUGGCAUUUAGCAGGAGAAAGUUCAAACAGAUAAUACCCAGGGAAAGUUCAGUGCUGAAUGCUGCGAAGAACAAAAUUUGAAAACAAACUCCAACAAUUCAAUGUUCCUGCCUUCAUUUUUCUUUCACUGGCAGGCAGGGUUUAUGUAAGUAAAUCCUUUUGUUUUCAGUCAAAUUGUUCCAUAACUGAUGUUUCAUAGCUGAGGAUUGCAAUUUGGUGCAAAGUCAGUUAACAAAUAGUAAAUGCAGAGGUAUGUUACAUGUGGAAAAAGAUUCAAAGCCCCAAAUUCUUCUUUUGACUUUAUUGAGGUUAUUUGGAUCAGGCUUGAUAGCAAGAAUUAUAUAAGAAACAGUUAGACUGGUGGUUGCAAGCUGUAAAAUCCCUUUUCAAAAUGCUUUGUUACAAUUUAAUUGUACCUCUUUUAAGUUGCAGUCCUGUUCUGCUGAACCUCUGUGCCCACACCCAGUUUGUCCAGGGGGCAUCUCCAAAUUUGAGGGAUUGUUCUGGACACCUGUAUGACACGUCACACAUUUGCUUUUUUCUUACCUAGCGUGCAGCUUGGCACAGGCUGGAGGGCAGAAUAAGUUGUGCAUCAACUUACCAUUUAUGGGGUUCUCAGCUGGUUCAUUUUCUCGAAGAGAAAUAUUAAACAAGACUGAGCCUGUAUUAGCUGCAAUUUACCCAUCUGCAAAGUGGACUUGACAUUUUGUAACUUAUCAGCGUGGGGUGAAAAGUCACUUAUAUUUCAAUUGACAUGACAGGAACUUUAGCUGCAGUGAUGGAGUACCUUUGGCUGGCUGCGUUGCUAGGAAGAGAGAAGAAAGUUACGAAAGUGAGAUUCUUGUCUGACUAGCUUACAGUGGAAGUGGCACCGCAGCUCCUGCAUGAGCUGAAGUGCUUCAGUCUGCAAGGGAAACUGCCUGUGAGAAGGUAACUGUUCUCUGCGAAUUCAUGUGUUUAACUCCCCUGUAACCAGCCCACUGUAACCACCCAUGGGGGCAGGUUUCAUUUUGAAAGGGAACAAAAUACAGUCAGUGAAUUUUUAAUUGAAGGUGGGUUCUUUUUUGUUUAAAAACAGGAUGUAUGAAAAAAGUAUAAGCAGUGGCAAAUCUCUUGCUAGGCUACCUGUCAAAACUUCCCAUCAGCCAUGAUCAGCUCCUAAAAAGCUUCACCUGAAAGUAAGAACCUUUGAAAACAUAGGUACUGUAUAUAUAACCUGUAUAUAUAUACAUAUAUAUACACAUAUACAUACAUAUAUGUAACUUGUCAAGUUCAAAGCCUGGGAAAGAAACAGAAGAUUACAAAAAGCAACAGUUACUCUCCUCCUAAAUCAAAUCAACCUUCCAGUCUUUUAUCUAAAACGCUAGACAACCAUUUCAUGUGCUGUAAUUUGCAACCAAAAUAAUUUGGUUUUGUGAAAAGGUUUCAGACUUGAAUCUUAAAUUCCUUUUACUUAUCUGUCAAUGUUUGAUUUUCAGGCUAGUUUGUGAAUUUUCUUUGUUUGUUCUCACAUCAUUAAAAUGGUUGCUUUAUGUAUAAAAAAUAGUUUCAUAAGUCUGGAAUAAAUAUGUAUAUGCUUGCAGUAUUUCAUCUGUCUCCUCAGAGCAUCUUUAAGUUAAACUUCAAGAACAAAGACGACUACGUUAGUUCAUAUAUUUAGUGAAAAUGGACUAAAAAUUCUGAGAAAUAUUGAGUCACAUUUUGUAAAUAUUAAUUGCAGGGGGGUUAUUGCAAUUCACUGCAGACAUUCUUUUUGCUUUUUUUUCUGGAAAGAAGACAAAAGUUUCACAUUUGAUGCCUGUUCCUUUUCUUGUAACUAUUCUGCAUUCAACCUUUGGCUACAGAUUAUUUGCAUCAAAGUAAACAGCAUUAAGACUUAAUUCACUGCAAUACUGCUAAUAAACACUUGGUUUUAUUACUGAAACAAAUGUAAAUGUAUAGACGCUAUGCAGUCACUUCACACUCCAUGGUUUAAGAUGUUUUGAAACUCUCUGUGAUGUAUUUUACCUCCAUGCUGAGCAUGCCUUUUAAUAAAAUCAUACUUCUAAAGAACUUCA